AUGAAUUCGGCGAGCUUGUCUCAAGAUAGUCCCUCCAAUUGCACGUAUUGCUACUCUUUGAACUGCAAUAUUCGAGUCGAAUCUGUAUCAAAUGUGCAUAAGCAAGGUUCAAUUACAUCAAAGUCAUCUGUCCUCACUAUUGGGAGGGAUUUGGCACGUCAGAUUGUGCUCCAGGUAGAGCUGGGUACAGCUUCGGGCGGCCGACCAGCAGUUGCUUCUUAUGGACUCACAGAUUGCGUUAUACAUCAGAGAAAGAUUUCGGAAGGAAAAGCAUCUAUAGAAGUUCCGGAGAGAAAAUUGGUCAUACAGCUUUCGAAUUGUGCUCCUCGAAAACUGAAUGUCUUUUUGAAGACUGUACAAGCUAAACUUGACAUCAUGAAGUCCCAAACCAGUCAGUUUAAAGGACACUACCACACACCCGUUACAGUAGCUAGGUACGCCUUCACGACGUCCGAACCCAGAAUCGACUACACCAAAGGCUGCGCGGAAAUCUCUGCUAAAGGUAUAUUUGCACUUAUGCGAUCAUCACUGCAAAUCUCGUCUUUAGGGUGUCCCCAGUGUGUGCUCCAAUCCAAACAGAAUGUAUUCUUCACUGGCAGUGCUGGAACUGGAAAAUCCGUUGUCCUGCGGCGUAUCAUUGAAAUGUUACCUGCAGCUACUACGUAUGUUACGGCCGCUACUGGUUAG